AUGCGUCCAUGGGUCUGCCAUCUCACACUUGCAACACGGCGAUGUGCAGGCAGCUCGGGCAAGGGCAAAUGGGUGCCGCUCGGCUCUCCACUGCUGGCCGACCGUCUCGGAGCCAAGGCUGUCGAAGAUGCUGCGUCACCAGAGGUGCCCGGUGGACGGAAGCCUUCCAAGGUAGUGCCGUCCGAAGGACCGGCGGAUGCUGCCACCAUGUCCACCAAAGAACGUCGCCUGGUGGCAACGGCUUUGAAACCUGUGGCAGUGCUGCCACAGACUUCGCUUCCCGUGCUUCCCUUAAAGCUUCCCGCCACAGGCCAGAUCAAACAAGGCUUGCCCAGCUCCGUCAUGGAGGCCUUGAAGCCAUGGCAUGGACGCAAUGUGGAGCAGUCCGCGGCUGCGGCAGAGGACCUGAGCCCUGCAGGCAGCGGGCUUGCAGCAGGCCCCAAAACUCAGCCUGGUCGGCGUUUGCGGCCCAAGGCCAGCGGAGCCUCGGCCGUGCCGGUGCCGUUGAGGACGCGACAAAUCAUCUGCGGAGUGCUCUUCGAGGACUUUGUCGCAGAAAGCCGGCAGGAGGGUUUUCAGCUCCGCGCAAAUGCGCGGGAGAAAGCGGUGAACUUCAGCCAGCGAGGGGAGAUCGUCUCCUUGGUGCGACUCUUCCGGCGUCUGGAGUUGAAGCGCGCCGCCGCUGGCACUGGCGAAGGUGCACCGCAGUUUCGCGUCAUGCUGAAGCCAGGAGGAGAACAGGCGAUUCUGGGUCUUUUCCUGGACGACGAGUUGUCCUGGGAGAGGGCACGUCAGAAUCUUCGGCAUCAGGAGGUGCCUUCGGAGCCAGGCGGCGAAGGCGAUUCGAAAGCGUGA